AUGAGCGAGGAAGUGUCAGAGGUCCCCAAAGAGCUUCUGGAGAGCGUGAGGGAUGCGUUGGGGAGGAAGGUGAAGCUGUCGCUGAGAAAAAGAGUGAAACUGGAGAUCAAAGGAGACAAGACGGAGAACAGAGUCUUGGCACUUGCAUCUCACCGAGCUUAUCUCUUGACGGCACGUAUUCCCACUAAGGUGGAACACUCCUUUAAUUAUCUGGAGAUCCAGGGGAUUGCUUGUAACAAGCCAACACAGCUGUUCAUAGAGUAUGAGCGUGGCUCCUUCUCACUGAAGCUGCUCUCCACAGAGGAGGUCAAUGAGGUGGUCGCUCACAUAGGAAACUGUCUGCUAAGGAUAUGUCCUGGUUUACUGCCCAGUAAAGUGAUGAAGAAACUCAGCAUGGAGCCUCUGGACAGAUUGACCUCUCUGCAGACGCUGUGGGAGAACAACAAAACUGCUGAGCCUGGACCCUGUGGUGGGUUUUCUCAGAUGUACAGAUGUGUUUGUGACUGGUUAGGGCUGCCUUACAGAGAAGAGGUUCAGUGGGAUGUGGACACCAUCUAUUUGACACAAGACACUAGAGAACUCAACCUGCAGGACUUCAGCCAUCUAGAGAACAGGGAUUUGGUGGCCAUUAUAGCAGUGCUGGAGUUUAACCAGUGGUUCACAAAGCUCUCCACCAAGGACUACAAACUGUCUGCAGAUGUGUGCGAGCAGAUCCUUCGAGUGGUAUCGAGGUCUAGUCGACUGGAAGAGUUGGUUCUGGACAACGCAGGACUCAAAACUGAUUUUGCUCAGAAGCUAGCUGCUGCCCUGGCCCACAACCCCAGCUCAGGACUCACCACCAUCAAUCUUGCCAACAACCCACUGGAGGACAGAGGUAUCUCCUCCCUCGGGGCUCAGUUUGCCAAAGUUCGAAUGGGGCUCAAGCAUUUAAACUUCUCCAAAACCUCACUAUCACCCAAAGGGGUGAACAGCCUUUGUCAGUCACUGAGUGCCAACCCGUCCAUCCCAAGCAGCCUGGUCCAUCUGGACCUCUCAGGAAAUAUCCUCCGAGGAGACGACAUGCAGCAUUUCUACAAUUUUCUGGGUCAACCCAACAGCCUGGCGACCCUUGACCUCUCUAACACUGACUGUUCAUUGGACCAGGUUUGCUCUGCUCUGUUGCGAGGUUCAGUCCAACACCUCUCUGUUCUCAACAUGUCCAAGAGUGUCUUCCCUCACAGGAAAGGCAAAGAGGUGCCUCCAUCAUUCAAGCACUUCUUCAGCAGUGCCAUGUCUCUCACCUCCAUCAAUGUGUCAGGAACAAAGUUGCCUCCAGAGGCUCUCAAAGCUCUACUGCUUGGCCUGGCCAGUAACCCCAGUCUGAAGGAUGUAUCUGUAGACCUCAGCUGCUGUGAGCUUGGCCAUUGUUUGCGAUCUGGAGGUUCCCAGAUCCUUGAAGGCUGCAUUGCAGAGAUCCCGAACAUUUCCAGCUUAGAUAUCUCUGACAACGGCCUGGACUCAGACCUGUCCACUCUGCUGGUGUGGUUGGCCAAAAAUCGGUCCAUCAGACACCUGUCUCUAGGCAAGAACUUCAACAAUAUCAAGUCCAAAAACCUCGCUCCAGUGUUGGACAGUCUGGUUCAUAUGAUUCAAGAGGAGGAGUCGCCCCUCACUUCACUGUCUCUAGCGGACUCCAGACUUAAGAGUGAUCUGACCAUCGUUCUGAACGCUCUCGGCAGCAACUCUUCGCUCACCAGACUCGACAUCAGUGGUAACGCAAUGGGGGACAUGGGAGCAAAGAUGCUGGCCAAGGCACUGCAGAUCAACUCUAAACUCAGGACUGUGAUCUGGGAUAAGAACAACACCAGUCCUCAGGGUCUACAGGAUGUAGCAGCCGCACUAGAGAAGAACUUCACCAUUCGUUUCAUGCCCAUCCCCAUCAUUGAUGCCUCCCAGGCUCUGAAGGCCAGCCCUGAGAAAACAGAAGACGCCUUGCUAAAGAUUGAAAAUUAUCUGUACAGGAACCACGAAACCAGGAAAUACCUACAGGAACAGGCCUAUCGGCUUCAACAGGGCAUAGUAACCACAACUACACAACAAAUGAUUGACAGGAUUUGUGUGAAGGUGCAGGACCAUCUGAACUCUCUGAGGAACUCGGAGACAGAUGUCAUCCUGGACGACGUCAGGUCUGCAGAAAGCCUCAUCAAAGAUGCGAGGAACUCUAAAACACUGCUCCCUAAUCUCUACCACUUAGGAUCUGCUUCCAGAGAGGAGGUGAACAGCUCCUCAGUGGGACCAAUUCAAGAGAAACUGGAGUCUAUGGCUGGGGAGGUGACAACUGUCAUGGACCAACAACUGCAGACACUGUUGGAGUCCAUGAUGGAUGCAGCAGUGUCUCUGUGUCCCCAUGUGAUGAAGAGGAGUAAUCUACGCUCAGAUCUGAUGAAGGCCAGCUCAGCCAAAAUGGUUGUACCCAAGAGCUUUGUCUCCAAAACCCUUUUGGAGCAGUCUGGCGUUGAUAUUAUCAACAAGAUCAGUGAGGUGAAGCUGAGUUUAGCGUCCUUCCUGUCCGAUCGCAUUGUUGAUGAGAUUUUGGAAGCUCUUUCCACUUCACAACACACGCUGGCAGACCACCUGGUGCGGCGAGGUCGCCCCUUGGUGCAACAGGGGUCGGUGGAUCUGGAUGUUCCAGAGGAGAAGAUUCCUAAACGGGCAUCAACUGAGAUUCUGGAGGCUGAGAGGCUGGACGAUCUGGAGACAUGCAUGACUCUGUGCUGCACCAGUAUGACUCCAAAAUCAAAGAGGAAAAGCAUCCACAGCAGAAUGCUGCGGCCAGUGUCUCGUGCCUUUGAAAUGGAGUUUGACCUGGACAAGGCCUUGGAGAACGUGCCUGUUCAUAUGGAGGACACACCAACCUCAUCUCACACUCCACCUACUCCAUCUCAGGCUAUGCCAAAAUUGGAGAAACGCCUGCAAGGAGGGAUGUCAGAGCUGCCAUCUGAGGAGGAAAAAAAACUGCAGCACUUCACAAAAUUAAGACCUCGGAGGAACAAGAAAACACAGUCUAGCAAAGUACCUCAAAUCAACAGUGCUCCAUCUCAGGAUGGGGAGCAGAACGGGCUCAUGGGAAGGGUCGAUGAAGGCGUCGAUGAAUUCUUCUCCAAAAAAGUCACCAAGAUGGAUUCCAAACGUUCACUAAAGAAUUCAGAAUCCCAGGAUGGAGAGAAGAAGAAGAGUAAAGGAGGAUUCCUCAACCUGAUCAAACGUUCUUCCAAAUCUGACAAAUCUGAUAAAUCAGACAAAUCAGACAAAUCAGAUAAGUCAGAGAAAAACCAGGUGACUGCUCCCUCCUCGGGUACAUCCUCAGCCUCUGCAGGUUCAGCUCCACCUUCCACCAUCCCUGAGGAGCCCUCCUCACCAAAAGUGGCAGUAAAGAGCCCAGCACCUGAGCUGAAGUCCAGAGAUGCCUCUAGUCGCUCACAGCCGGCAGACUACAGCAGCAGCUCAGAUCGGUCGGAGGAGGUGAGGACGCCGGACUCCAUAGAUGAGCCAUGGGAGACUUCAGAUGGCAGAGGCAGUCCCCAGGGGGGCAGGCGAUACCCGGGAGUGCAGAUGAUGGGCAGUGGCCUUCUGGCAGAGAUGAAGGCCAAGCAGGAGAGGAGAGCAUAUAAGUCUUCCAGCCCUGACAGACCUGACAGUAAUGCAGCAGCCAAGUCCCAGCCCACCACUCCAGAAAGUAGGUUUUCUAGUGGUUCCAUCAAUAAAUCUGACCUUCCCGCAGGUUCUCCAGAGAAGACCACAACUCGGGCUGAGACCAAGCCUGAACCGGCUCCUCGUAUCAGGGCCACUUCCUCCUCAAAUUCCCCAGGGGCACCAGUAAGUCCCAAACCACCAGUGCCACAAGGAGCGAAGCCUGCCCUGGCGACCAGACCAACCCUCCCACAGAAGCCAAGGACCCCCAGUAGCAGUAAGAGCAUAGAUGAGAGUUCAGACACCCCUAGCAGUGGCAGUGUGUCACCUAAGGUCACAGUUCUCCCUCCCACGCUGAAGAGGGGGCUAACAGAAAAGGACAAAGAGGGCCAGAACAGUCUGCAUCCCGGAGGCUCUGCCAACAAAACCACUCAGGAAGUGAGGGCAGCAUCUGUGUCAGACUCUGUUCAGCGACCAACCCCUCUCCGCACCAACUCUGAGGAUCAUGGCCCCUUCAAGACCAAGGACCAAUCUCCAAACCCAGACAAGUACAAAGCAGCUCGCAAGAAAUCCACAGACUCUGUGGAGGAAGCAGACAAAGACUUUAUUUUAAUAUGA